AUGUUUAACUGGUUAUUUGGUGGUGGCGUGGACAACCCCAAGCCUUUAAGUAAAAUCAAUAGAAAGCGCUGCUCAAUAACCCAUCAAGCAAUCCCAAGUGGCACUUAUCCUGGUCUGCGUAAUUCCAGCGGUGUGCACUGUUUCCUCAAUUCUACGAUACAGUCUCUCGCCUCUCUCACCUCACUUGAAUCCUUCCUGGGCGAGCUACUCAACGAGAGCGAUAAGGUAGACAUAUACCUUCCACUAUCGGAGGCGUUGUGGGAUGUUAUACAGACCCUCAACACACCCAGUCGAGCAGUACACACCAACACGGCGAUAAUAGACGCAUUCUCACUCAGCGACACUAACAACAACAACACCUCCCUCAUGUCUCCCUCCAAGCGUGCCCUCUCCCUCAUCCAGUCCGGGCAGCAAGACGCACAAGAGAUGUUCCAGUGCAUUUCCUCGCUCCUGGCUCACGAAGAAGGUCUGAUAAAAGCUGCUAAAUGUAAAGUACGCGGUCUGGACACUCUCACCAGCUCAGAUAAUACCACUUAUACCACCUCAUUCCCUCUGGCGGGACUUACUGCUAGCAGACUCGCCGAUCUGCGCUGCGGGUAUGUAGAAGCGAUACGGAAUAUCGCCUUUGAUGCACUCUCGCUGAAUUUGCCUAUGCAGACUUCGUGCACCGUCGAGCAGCUGCUAGGUGAGUACACAGCGAUAGAGACUAUAGAAGAUGCUUCGUGUAGGAGGUGCUCGCUUGAAGCUACGCUCGCGCGUCUGCGCCAAGAUGUAAAGCAGCUGAUGCCUGCUGACCCCAAUAAAGGUUCGACAUCCCGCCGCAAACGCAUCAAAGAGGCUUCUAAGCAGGAGAGGCGACUUUCGACGCUCCUGAGUGAGGAGGGAGAUUUACAAGAAGACGCGAGGUUGAAAGAUAUCAAAGUGGAUAAAUCAGGCGGGGGAUCCACCAAGCAGAUACUGAUAGCGAGGCCACCGCGGAUAUUGGGUCUGCACAUCAAUCGCUCAGCCUACUUGGGGAAUGGAAUGGCGGUGAAGAACCCUUGCAAAAUAUUGUUCGGAGAUACGCUCGAUAUAACAGCGUACACUACGACAGGCGCAUUAGAAACAGCACCGCGCAAACCCAUCUCAUCGCCGAGCAAAGAGAUGAUAGAGAGACUUACAUCAACAGGCACAAUCCCAAGUCGCGUUUUAUACACACUCAAAUCGAUUGUCGUACAUUAUGGUUCGCAUCACUCUGGUCAUUACGUGACUUAUCGCAAAUCUCGUUCAGAUGAUGAUGAUGAAUGGUUACGUACGAGUGAUUCCUCCGUUCAGAUUGUUUCUCUCGCAGACGUUCUCCAACAAAAUCCUUUCAUGAUAUUCUAUGAGAGGGCUGUAGAUAAGAAGAAGAGCGAGAAUAACACUCCUAACGCCCAAAUACUGUCCACAUACUCGUUGCAUGACUGA